CCUAAGAAAAUAUGUCCCCCUCAAUGUAAGAUUAAAGGAAAAGUUUAACACACAUGCGAAGCACAGCAUAAUUUCCUCAGGAGUCAUCUGUCUGACACGAGAUGAGCUCGCUCGUCCCUGGUAGGACGUGACCAUUUCGGCAACCAUGUCCGGGGGGACUGAGGCCGACCAGCCCGGGCAGGAGCUGCAACCCGUGCCUCACUGCCCUCCGCUCAGCACCGACAAGGAGGACCUAGGGGGCAGCACUGAUAAGGAAGAUGUAUUUGGGAAAGGCAUGCUGUGCAUCCAUGAGGAGCUGAACCAGCUGAGCACAGAGCAGCAAAGCCCCGUGACGGCGUGCGGCGUUCCCCUGGGGGUCGUGAGCCUGCCACCGGUGCGGUCGCCCAGCGACCAGUCGCUCACAGACCGCCGGCCGCAUUCGGCCAAAGAGUUUGAGGUGGCGUACCGGGAGGGCGCCACGCGGGCCAGUCCGGGAGGGUGGUUUGACGGACUUCUGGGCUGCCUCCGUCCCGUCUGGAGCAUCCUCAACACAGCCAGUGCUGACGAGCGCAAGGGACAGGGAGAUAGCUGGGAGAUUCCCUUUGAGAGCAUCAACAACUUCAAGUUCGUGGGCAGUGGGGCACAAGGCGUCGUCUUUCUAGGCCAGCUCGGGGACGAAUGCGUUGCCGUAAAGAAGGUCACUGACAAGAGUGAAACGGACAUCAAGCACCUUCGCAAGUUGAAUCACCCCAACAUUGUUGCCUUCAGGGGUGUAUGCACGCAGCCUCCAAGCUACUGCAUUGUGAUGGAAUACUGCCCAUACGGGCAGCUGUAUGAUGCCCUGAAAAACGGCCGCGUCAUUCCGCCAGCAACUGUAGUGGAAUGGAGCAAGCACAUUGCCUCUGGCAUGAACUACCUGCAUUCAAGGAACAUCAUUCACAGGGAUCUCAAGUCACCAAACAUUCUCAUCAGCUACAAUGACGUGCUGAAGAUCUCGGACUUUGGCACGAGCCGCCAGUGGAACGAACGCAGCACCAAGAUGUCGUUUGCGGGGACUGUGGCAUGGAUGGCUCCCGAAGUGAUUCGCAACGAGCCUUGCUCGGAGAAGGUGGACAUUUGGUCGUACGGGGUGGUCAUGUGGGAGCUGCUCAGCUGUGAAACGCCAUACAAAGACGUUGAUUCCAACGCAAUCAUCUGGGGUGUCGGCAGCAACAGCCUGCAUUUGCCCAUACCUACUACCUGCCCCGAUGGCUUCCGGCUUCUCAUGAAGCAAUGCUGGAGCGCCAAGCCACGCAACAGGCCGUCGUUUCGACAGAUUCUCAUGCACCUGGACCUCGCGGCUGUGGAAAUUUUGAGCACACCCAAGGACACAUAUUUCCGAACUCAGGCCACGUGGAAGGAGGAGAUCCGAGAGUACAUGCAGAACAUCAAGCAGGAUGGCCUUCCGUGCAAGGAGGAACUGUUCCAACGCUGGCGCGAGGAGCUGAGGCACGCACAGGACAUGCGGCUACACUAUGAGCGCAAGCUCGAGCGCACCAACAACCUCUACAUUGAGUUGACAGCCUGCAUGCUGCAAGUGGAGCAACGCGAGCUCGAAGUGAUUCGGAAAGAAGCAAGCUUGGCCAUUGGUUCCGACCACAGAGCAUACAAGAAGCGCUUUGAGCGUCCUCUGCUCCUAGCGCAGGAGCGCUUCAGUAAGAAGAGGUUGUACAGGCUACCCCCUGAGCCACUAAGCCCAAAUACCGAGAGCCAGCAGAAAACGGCCGACGCACCUGCAGCAGCUGUCCCGGACCCCCAGGCUGUCUCGUCGUCGCCGUCUUCAAAGGCCCGCACGCGGCGUGUGAUGCACCGCCGGAGCGGGUCGGGCGGCUACGGCUCGAUGGCGAGCCGCCCCAUGCUCGUCAACAGCGAGACCCAGACGGAAGACCUCGACGCGUUCAGCGACACCGAUCCCGCGUCAUCGCCGUCAGUGUCAUCCCCGCCACCGGUUCUCCCCGAGACGAUUGCGGCCGCCACGGGCAGCGACCACGACAACUCCAACGUUGUGACCAAUGCGCGGACGCCCGGCAGCGACGGGUCGUUUGGGUUCAGCGACACUCCACUGUCCCCCGGCGAUCAGGCACUGUCACCGGAGGACUUGAACAGCAACCGGCCGAGCACGACGUGCCAGUCGAAUGUGGAGCCACUGAGACGGCCGGAGGCGCCCAUUGUGGAGCGGACGUCACCUCGCGCGGCGUCGCUGCAGAGGAAGCGCGUCAUGUCGGACGAGUCGCCCACGCGGGUUGCGCCGCCCAGCGUUGGAGUGCAGAGGAGAAACAUUCGGAACGCCGCCAAGGGGAAAAUUCACAGCGUGGAGGACUUCUCUACGUCCGAGGAAGAAGGGGAAGUAGACGACGACUACUCUGCCCACAAGGGGCUGUCGCAGAUGCGGCAAGCCGUGAGCGGCCAGUCUAUCUCCACGCUGAGCUCGGAGGGCAACCUGUCGGAGGAGGAAGGCAACACGAGCGAGUGCUCGAGCUCGCACCACACACCCAGCGAGCUCCUGUCGAGCCUCUCCAACCCCGACAUCUUGGGGUCGGGCGACUUGACGUCCACGGCGAUGCAUGACGUCUCGCGCCAGCACGGACUCGCUUCGCCAGCGGCCAGCAACGUGGUCCUGCGAGACAAGGUGGCACUCGAGAGGCUCAAAAGGAACCCCAUGCCCACUAUCAACGACAUCUACAGCUCUCCAAGCCACUCACACUCCUCCUCGUCGGAUUCCGAGGACAGGCCACACCGUGCGGCAGCUUCCGCACGCCCGCGGACAACCAGGGGGAACACGGAAACAACGGUCUGGUAACACUGAGUCGUGCGUCAGGAGCAUGCGCCAAGCUAGACCCUUUCCCGAAGCAGCUGCAUCACCAGCCAACAGAUGCUCCUUCGAGUGGGCUUCCGUCUGGGAUCUCUGUUCCACGGUCAAACUUUCAAGUGACGGCGCUGGUUUCCUGCCGCUGCGGGGGCAGGUUGGGGUAUUUAAAUGGCUGCUUUACAAUAUUGUUUUUAGGCUGUAUGUCAAUGGCACCUUUGUGUCGGUAAACUUGUAUAGUUCAUGGUGUUGCAUCUUCGUUUUUCAUUCCAGCGUCAUUCAUCUAAUGUAGGGCAGUAUUCAGUUUGUAAGACCUAGUCUCGUCUACCUGUCUGUUCUCCUUGGUGUUCUGCUGCUGGUGGUUUUUUUUUGCGUUUUAUUUUUCUCGCAUUCCAAAAGCGGUACUCUGUUUUUCUUCGACGUUCCAAUCAUCUCGGACACUGUUAUGAGGUACUUUAGGUGUAAUGGUCGGCUGUGAAGAUAAUGUACUAACCUAAUGGUUACUUCAUUAAUGACUGAUUUUAUCGUACUUUGCUCAAUUUGUUAACCAUUACCUCUGGUAGAGCUUGAACUCUUCUGAUGCAUGCAAGUAUUCCACAAACCAUUUUUUUUUGUUCAUGUCCGGACCUUGAAAUUUGUUUUGGAUCAGUACUUUUUUUUUUUAUACCCAGUGCUGCCGAGACUCCUUUUUAUACUUAGUGUACAACACUGUCAAAGUUGCUGGCCCAAGCGUGUCCUGGAUCUUGUGGUUCAUUUGCACACGCUCUUGAACAAGUGAGAUGCUAGGUGAAGUCCCACACUCACGCCAGUAGCUUUGACAGCGUUGUACACGGAAAUAUAAAAUGGAGUCAGCCGCUGUUAAAUUGAGUAUUUUAGUUGUUUCCGAAUACAAAAAGGCCUAAAUGGGGCAUUUAGUAUGCCCUCAACAAACAUUCUGAAAGCAGCCCUAAAUACUAAUACAGUACCCAGUGAAACUGCAUAGCAGCACUGUGAGGCAUUAGUUGCCUUUUGUGGAGAAUGAAUAAUUGAGUGACUGAUUGAUUUAACAUAUGAAAAGCGUCAAUGAACCCUGUCACCGCAGCAUCUACCACGUGACACUGGAGAGAGUGAGAGGGUACCGGAGCUGUUUGCUUGCCCUGGCUCGCUCACCGUCGCCUCCAAGGUCUCCUCUGUCGUUUGCUAGAACCACCUAGCGUUCCCAGCAUUCCUUUCACUGCUGCGGACAGCGCUGCACACUUUGCGAAUGGUCUGUUGGAUUAUACUUUUAGUGGGUUUCUAACUUACAUUGCAUCAAGGAUGAUCUCUCCUCCUGCCCUUUUAGUUUUGAAGCUGAUUUCGGGUCUGCCUUGAGCGCUCUUGAGAUUGUAGCCUCAAACACUGCAGAAAAAUGUCAUUCGCAUGCUAAGUGUCAUUAGGUAUUUGGCAGUGCUACGGUCUGCAUUUAGGGGGGGCAUCUUGAGGCAGCAUUUUACUCUGCAAACAGAUUGUCAUUAUUGUGAUCAGUUUGUGUUUCUCGGAAUUGGACAGUGUACAUACUUGUAUGUUUUAUUUAAGUAUUGUUGCCAAGAGCAGAAGUAGACUUGAGUGGUGCGUGUUUGCCCAUUCAUCAUUCAUUGCUGUAACACAGCUCCUGCCGGCCAACAUUUCGGGCUGCAUUCCUGACAGUCGCUGUUUACGGUUUGGGAAAAGAAUUCUCAUUCUCACGCACCACCCCAGCACAGAGGUGUCACCUCGUCAUUUGUAUAUUGCUCUCUGCAUUCCCCGCGUGACGCCGUUGCCACAUAAUUCCUGCGCCGUGCCGACGUCUAGCAACACAUUUUGUAUGCUUUCCAUUUCUGUGCAAGGGCGCACCCUCAGUCGUAGGUUAAAAUAGUUUUGUAAAUGGGGCGUUGUAGGCUGCAAUCGUGAGGCAGAAAAAGAAAAAAAAGAAAUAAGCCACCGACAUUAGUGCAACUUGUGGCGUACCAUACUUUCUCGAGUAAUAGCCGCACUGUUCAUGAACAAAGCCUGUGGGUCUGCUUUCCAGCGCAGGACGGGGAUAGCGAACCACUGCCAUCGGCAGAAAAAUGGUAGCAAUUUACGGGACAGAGAUAACGUCUUCACACAAAAACUGCAAUCUGCUUAGAUUGCAUAUGUACGGAGAAUUGUGUUCUCGACCUCGUUAUUCACUGUGUUUUUUUAUGUAGGACGCUAUGAUUGGCUGUAUGUAUGUUCUGUGGAAAAGUAGACGCAAGGUCCUUGUUCACAAGAGGUGCAGCUAAUACCCGAGCUAAUAUGGUAUUGUUAAGUUGGGUUGUCUCGUUUGUGGCGGGUGCGAUUGACUGGCUAUAGAGGUCAUGUUGUCCCUACCCGUACGAUGGCAGCUGAUUUUGAUGUAGCGCACACGCAGUGAGUUUGCGUCGGCACCUGGCUACGACGACAGCUUGAUUUGGUGACUGGCUGUGUUAUAGUGCAAAGCAAUGAUUGUACACAAAGUGUUGAUACAUUCCAUUUGCCCCCCUCCCUAAUGCUGGUGCCCGAAGAAAACAGUGACGAUGGAAGUCGUCAUAUUCUAGCGUUUGAACUUUGUGAUCCGAGGCAUAAUAAUGUAGUCUCAAGUUGUUUGAAAGUGCCCCUGGAUCUUUUCCCAUGCCAGUUGACUUUGUUGGUGCAUUCUGCAUAUGUGUCUCAGGUGUGAAGGAGAUUGCAAGCAUGCAUUGCAACUUUCUUGCUGGCUGGUGGGCAGCCACCAUAGAGUGUGUCUGUAUUUAUUAGUGAUGCUGACAUUGUUGGAACUGUAUUGGUGUGAGCCUGCCUGCAAACAUGGGGGCAAGUACUGUUGCCAGGAUAACACCAACAAUGUGGAAAUGUGUGAAUUAAAUUGAGGACAC